GCUCGCGCAAAAAAGUGUCUCUACCUACGACACCCAUGGCAUCGAUUAGUGCCUUUGAAAUCAAGCACGCCCAAGCCGAUCGCGUGCGGAAGAAACUGCGUAGGGUUCACAGCCGUUUAGCCGAGCUGCUUGCACAGGCUCCCAAACGCACCGUAGCGGAGCAAAAAGAUUUUUUACGUGAGAUUAGUGGCAUUCUCGCGAGGCUACCCACCGACAACACUGAUGUUGUCGUCUCCGCACGGACCUUUCUCUGCUCUAGCGUUUUUCGCUUGGGAAGUACGCUGAACAAGGAGGACCUCUUGAGCGAGUUCAUUCCUCCAGCCCUGAACAAUCGCAUGCGCGAGAUGAUACUCGAAAAUGCGCGCAAUAUUCGCCAGCGCGACCUCGAAGGCGAGUUUGAGAACAAAAUGACAAAGCUUGCCUCCCUCGUAGAUGAUCUGCGCGGAUUUGGAGUCAGCGACGAGGAACUAGACGCUGUUGUUACUUCGUACGAAGAUAUAGACGGCGUGUCAGACGCGGAUCCCGCGCAGGGCCAAAACGACGCUGAUCAUCAGAGGGACUUGGACGCUAUGCGGGAUGAUGAUCACAAUCUCGCGGACGUCGAAGACGGCCGGACAGCUUCUACAGGGCUUCAGAAAUCUCCUUCUGUGCUGCCGGUGGGGCGUCUCGGAGAACACGUGGACACCAGAGGCGGUCUUGACGAUCAUAUGGAUAUCGACGUCGCGCACGACGAUAUGGACAGGCCGAUGAAUCUCGAAGACGAUCCGCAAGCCUCUACACAACCACCAGUCGACUCGUUCAGCAACUCCGACAGACACAAUACCUGAGGUGUCGAAAGGUCGUGGUCGUGGUCGCGGCGGUGCUCACGGAAGUGAGCAUGACCGGGAUGACCGUUCCGACUCCCCCGAUUCUUCCAACGCACUGUUAGCUGCGAGAUCUCCUAGCCCAGAGGCGAUAAAAGGGCACCCAGGUGACAAUUCCAUCUCCUUUGUGCUCGAUGAAAUGGU